GAACGCAUUCUACAUCGUGAACAUGUUACAGCUAUGCUAAGGUUAGCUUGCUAGUGGCUAACAACAACAAGCAUUUGUCGAAAUGGAAAGACGCAGAAUUUGCUUUAUAAUUUCAAGAUGUUAAGUUCCGCUCGACUUUGUCUUAACUAGCAGAAAUAACGCAGCGUUAAAAACAAAACUAUAUUAGCAUUAGCUCGCCUUCAAAACCAAAUGUCUGUUAGCUUAGCGAGCUGUUUUAGCUAAACUUCCCAGCAGCCCAAGAUGUGGAGAUGUUUACGUCAAGCUUUCCAGCAGAACAACAGAGAGAGCUGGCGAAAAGUCUCACCACGUUCCUGUCUCAGUACAGCCACGUGUCCGACUCCUACAUAAUUGAGUUCUUCUCUAAAAAUCACUGGCAGUCUUUACCCAACACGUGGCAGCCUGUGCUGCAGGAUUUGACGUAUCGACAGGUUGCAGACCUGUUACUGGAUGCUACGCAUGGAGACAGGAGAUAUCCUUCGGUGUGGCCUCUGUCCCUCCUGGCGUUUCGUGCCACCGCUCAUGCUCUGGCGUUUCCCAGAGAGUGCAGGCGGGAGCGAGGCGGCGCGGUCGGCUCGGUGAAGCCCGAGGAGUUCCUGGACAACCAGAGUCAGAGCUCACUGCUGGGACACAUAUUCAGGAAACACGUCAAACCCAAGAAACAGCACGAGAUCCGCAAGCUGGGCUCGCUGGUGAAAGAGCUUUGUGACCAGACUGACUGCAACAAGGUGGUGGAUGUUGGCUCUGGACAGGGUCACCUGACCCGUUUCCUGUCCUUCGGGCUCGGACUGUCUGUGACCGCAAUUGAGGCUGAUGGCACCCUGGUUGCCACGGCGUCCAAGUUUGACGGACAGUUACUGUGUGCCUUGGAGAAGGAGGCGCAGAAAAAGGUCGGUGCUUCGCUGAAGUCAUUACACGCUAUCAGUCCAUUAACAAAGAACUGCUCCUCUCUGGUCCCAGUAUCACGGUCGUCUCCCCGCCACGUGGCCGGUUGGGUAAACCCCAAGGCAUCAUGGGAGGUCUUCAUCAAGCAGCUGAGUGCUGCACAAUGUGUCAACGAACGUUCCCCGACUCCACCUGGACCCAGCAAAAAGAGACCGCGGGCCUCUGAGCAGGUUGACCCUCCCUGUUCUCAUGCGGUCCAGACUUCAUGGCGUCGUGGUUCCACGGACUCACCGGAAUAUGAAUCGACAUCGCAACACCAGUUCAGAAAGAGCGAGUCUGAGGGGGCGUCAUCUGCUGCAAACUGCUGCUCGUGUGUCCAGAGUGUCCGUCAGGAGGGUGCAGGUCCUGAGCGAGGCCAUCCGGACUUCGUCCUCACCGGUCUCCACGCCUGCGGUGACCUCAGCGCCACCCUCCUCCGCCACUUCGUCAACUGCCCACAUGUGCGCGCCAUCACCUCCGUGGCGUGCUGCUACAUGAAAAUCACGACCAAAGAAAACCCCAACCCUCCGGGUCUGGUACCAGCUACACAGCCACCAGACCAGGACGCCGACCCCUCAGAGUUUGGCUACCCGAUGAGCUCCUGGGUGGGGGGGCUGCCGGGACAUCGGCUGUCCUAUAAGGCGAGGGAGGGGGCGUGUCACGCUGUUGAGGACUAUUCUCGGAGGCUCCGGGAGGGAGGCGAGGCGCUGAGGACGCACUGUUACCGGGCCACGCUGGAGACCUUCAUCGCGGAUACGAGACCGGAUCUGCGGAGGGCGGGAAUCCAGACCAUAAAGAAAGCCCACUUACUGCCAUUUACAGAGUACGCCCGUCUGGGUCUGGCUCGGGUUGGCCUGCCCCCCGGGUUGCCUCUGGACCUGGAGCGGGUGGAGUCCAUGUUGGAGCAGCAGGGCAGGGUGGUGGUCUACUUCAGCCUGGCGCUGCUGCUGGCUCCUGUGGUGGAGACGCUGGUGCUGCUGGACAGGAUGAUCUACCUGCAGGAGAACGGUGUGGACAGCCAGCUGGUUCCUCUCUUUGACCCGAACUUCUCUCCAAGAAACUUUGUGCUGGUGGCUCUGAAGUCCCGAGUUCACCAGUCAGUCUUUGAGGAUGAACUCAGCAUUUUUAAACGACACAAGGAACCCUAAGUCUUGAUUUUAGCCUCGUUUUUUUAAAGCACAAUGAACGUUAACGCUGGAAGCACACCAGAGGAUCGGCGAGGUGCGACCUGCAAAUAGACUGUAUAUAAGAAGUGGACGUAGUCAUCGUGAUGUCCCUCAUUGGUUUGUGAUCUGAUGGUUUGAAGCCUUAAGUUCGGCGAUUUCGCCGUCGCCAUCUUCGAUUAUGAUCGUCGCCAUCUUGUUUUUUUUGCAACCAGUGAACAGGA